CGGGGCGAAUGGCAAAACGGGCCGAGCAAGAAAAUGGCGUAGAAGUCGAAGAAAGGAAAAUUCAUUUCGUUUGAGGAAAAUAUCGGAAAAACCAAGGAAAACUUCGUUGAGAUUAUAAAUGUUUGACUGAGCUGUGAGCAGAGAUGUUUCCGGGUGGAAAUGGCAACGCUGACUUGGGCUACAACAAGCACGCCCACGUCCACGGACAUGGACAACAUGGCCAUGGGCACAACCAUAAUCACAACCAAACUCAGUUCCUGGCGCAGCCCCCACCACCGCCCACCCACUUUUCCCUGCCUCCCGGCGGAGGUCCGGCCAUGAUAACGCCCCUGGUGGCCACUGGUCUUCCCCUAGCCAUGCGGGGCGCCGGCAUCGAUUGGGCACUCGCCCAACAAUGGAUCCACAUGCGAGACGCAUCCCCGGUCGGCAUGCCCCUGGCCCCACCACCGCCUAUUAUUGGCAAUGUGCGGGAGUACCAUCAGCAGGCGAUGGCGAUGCCGGUGCCCAGUGUGGUUAGGGCGGGAUUUCCCCUACUCGAGGCAGGCGAGGCCGACAUGGAUAUGGACGACGAGAAUGAGCGGGGUCACGGCGCCGAGACGCCUCCACCGCCGGCUCCAGUGGUUACGCAAUCCCAAUGGCUGGCGGCCACGACGCCAGGCCAGGCCAUUGACGCCUCUGGCGGAACGGCUGUCACGCUGGGCAAGCAGCCAUGGAACAGCUGGCAAACGCAAUCCGGCAAAACCACGGGCAAUCCCACAGCGCAUAUUCCCUCGCUGCUCAAACUCAACGUCAGCAAUCCCAAUGAGCCGCAGCAACAGCUGCAGAUGCAGUUGCAGGCACAGCAGCAACAAACGCAACAGCCAACGCAUCCACAAGCACAUCAGCCACAUCCACAUCAUCUAGCACCACCACAUGCACACCAACCGCCACAGCAACAGCAGGAAAGCGGAAGUGGCAGUGCCAGCAGGAGUGAUGCCAACAAACGCAAAAUGUUGCCAGCUUGGAUAAGAGAGGGCCUGGAGAAAAUGGAGCGCGAAAAGCAGCGGCAGCUAGAGCGCCAGCAGUCCUCCAUUGGCACCACAGACGAUGAGGUCAACCAUGUUAAGCAAGUAUCAAGCAAAACACUAACAACACCUGUUAAUCUAUUGAACAUCGCGAACGUGGCUAGCGACAGCGAAGAUUCCAUUGGCUUGCCUGGGGAGGCGCGUGGAGAACUGGAGGAUCAGCAGAUAGGUAAUGAAUUGAUAAGUAAAGCCGGCGAUAUCAGCAGCAGUGAGGAGCAGGAGGAGGAGGAGGAGCAGCGAGGAACCAACGACACAGGCAAUCGGGAGGCGGCAGAGCAAGUGGAAGCGGCUACCGAGAACGAUGUCAAUGGUAAAAACUACGAAGAAAGACUGGCGGAUCUGAUGCUUGUGGUGCGUCGGACACUAACCGAAAUCCUGCUGGAAACCACAAACGAAGAGAUUGCAGCCAUUGCAUCCGAGACCCUGAAAGCACACCGUGCGAAAGCGUCAUCAGCCCAAGUGAUUCGCAAAAGCGCCUUGUCCUCCAUUACCGGCAACCUGGGUUUAGCUGCCUAUGGCGAUUCUUCCAGCGAAAGCGAAGAGGAUGAGGACGACGAGGAUGGCGAGCGCCAGGCGGAUGCAGCAAAGGAUGGCGACAAAAGCGUGCAUCUAAGCGCGGAGGAGUUGAAGGCUCGCAUACGGCGCAGCAAACGAUCCUUUGAGAGAGUCAUUGACGACAUUGAGGAUCGAGUGGCCCAGCAAGAGCUGCGUGAUGAGCAAACGCUGCAGCGACAUCGCAAGCGGGAGCUGGAGCGCUCUGACCCCGAUGCUAGUGAGCAUCGUCGACCGCUGGCCAAACCCGAACCGCCCGGCGAGUUGGCCAGUCAACCAAGCCACGAAAAGCUGCAGCAGUUUAAUGGCAAAAGGCCCAGUCGCAAGGAGAGGACCACCCGCUUCAGCGACAACAAGGAUGGUAAGCAGUCGCAGAGCUACGUCCAACAAGUGGUGGCCGCCGCCGCGGUGGCACCACUUAGCUCACUGGGCAGUACCAGCUCUCAGAAGCUAAAGCCCGUUCCGAAUCCGGCCACCAAUCUGCUACAGAUGCCCGAGUCGGUGGCCACCAUGCUGAGUGCGGCGGACAAGGCGCUGCACAAGGCCAACAAGACGUCGCGCAAGUCCAAGAGCAAGCGACGACACUCGUCCACCUCGUCCUCCUCCAGCAGCAGUAGUGGGAGCAGCUCGAGCAGCGACAGCGACGACAGCAGCAGCAGCAGCUCCAGCGCACGAAGCGUCCAGCAGUCGCGCAAGCGAGCCAGCCGGCAUGGACACCGCAGCCACGGCAGCAGCAGUCGAAGCAGCAAAUAUGAGCGACGAGAUCGCGACAGGGAAAGGGAGCGCCGGGACCGGGAUCGGGGACAUCGCCAGCAUCGAGUACUUCAGUGGUGGCAGAGUAGUGGAGGCCAUCGCCAGAGGUCGUCGAGGCGACACCGGGACUCGAGCCACUCUGGCGGAGAUGAGCGCCGCAGCAGCAGCUACAAACGCUCCUCGCGGCCGAGCAGCAGUCGGAGCCACGAGCACGGCAGCAGCAGCAGCGGACGGAAGCGACGCACGAGAUCCCGCUCCAAGUCACGCAGCACCCACCACUCCAGCUCCCACGCACACUCCUCCACUUCUUCCGCGUCGCAUCCGCGCAAGCGCCACUAAGAUAACGUCUACCGCUAAUUGUUAUAUUGUAUAAUUAUAUUUUUUCUU